AUGAAAGUAACUUUCGCCAGACAUGGCAUUCCUGAUAUUGUUCAUAGUGACAAUGGACCAUGUUACAGUAGUCAAGAGUUUGCUGAUUUCAAGACCAAAUGGGGAUUUAAACAUGUUACCAGUAGUCCUCAUUUCCCGUCCUCUAAUGGGUUAGUCGAGAAGGCUGUCCAGACAGUAAAGAAUAUUAUAAGCAAAUCAAUUGAAAGCGGAACAGACCCGUAUCUCGGACUGUUAGCAUAUAGAUCAACACCACUUGACAACCAUAAAUCACCAGCUGAGUUACUGAUGGGAAGAACACUUAAAACAGAUCUUCCAGUUGUAGAAAACCAGCUCAAUGUUAAAGAUUCCAAAGCAGUUGUUGCAUGGAAAACAAAGAAAAAAGAAAUCCAGAAGGCUUAUCAUGACAGAGAAGCCAAACCUUUGCCACCACUGAAGCAAGGUGAGAUGGUGAGAAUCUACGACCAAAAGAAGUUGAUGUGGGGAGAAAAGGCAACGGUGAAAGAAAAGAUUGCAAUUCGUUCGUACACAGUGGAAACCAAGGACAAAGUUCAAUACAGACGAAACAGGAAACAAUUGAGAAAAAUUACCUCGGGGCACAACGAAACGAGCGGAGAAACAAGUCGAGACAAAGUCGUUACCCUCGAAUGA